AUGUCGACUACAUCUACCCUCGAAUUCUCCAAUUUGCCUACCGAUACAAUUGAGAAAAUCAUUGAGAAAUGUGAUCUCAAAGAGCAAAUGACUCUCCGAAAAGUGUCGAGAAAACUGCGUUCUCUCGUCGAUGAACAGAAACUUGGGUACAAAUCCAUCGCGAUCAUUUUGAAUGAUUCGUAUAUCAUUUGCGGGUAUAACGACAAAAGGGUUACGUAUGCAAGCGGGAAUUGGGAUGAAGAGUAUGAGGAGUAUGAACAGGAGGAACUUGGUUUGGCUUAUGAAGAAUUUUGGAUUCUCAAAAGCAACGAUUAUAAGAAAAUCGCUUUGAAUGAUGUGUCCAUUGCAUUGAAUAAUCCAAAAUUGCGAUUGGAUGAACUGACAGUCAGCUUUGACUCUCGUGAUGAAGUGACUCAAUUCAGAUUGGAGGGGCUUCUGAAACAUCUGAAUCAUCAAAUACAUGUCAAAACAUUGACAUUCCGUGCGGGAUCCCCUGAAUAUCUUUUAUCGAUUCUCCCAUGUCUGAAACCGAAAGUGCUUGUGAAUAUUGAAAUUUACGAAGGAUUAUCGGAAAAAGCAGCGGAAAAAGUCAGACAAGUCGCACGUCUGGAGCAAUGGAAGCAAGCGGAACAAUUCACUGCUCACUAUUGUUUCCAUUACCUCCCAUUAGAAUGUCUCAUGCAUUUCAAGCGUUUCUUGAUCUUAAAUCGAGAUGUCACAGAGCAAUUCUUGAUAGAUCUCAGAGAUUUAUUCUCCAAAUCUAUCAACUUCGAGGCGUGCACUGUCGAAUCAUUCGGUCUCGACAACUACCCGGAAUAUCUCGAACCAUUCUGUGAAAAAGUGAAAUCUGAAGGAGAAGUCAUCUACCACUUCAAGAUUCCUGACGAUUCGAAUAAGAUAUUGGAAUUCAAAAUAUACAAUUAUGACUUCUACGACCAAAUUGAUAUUGAGAAGAAGAAUUUUUGA